AGACGUUUUGCGACAGCGUAUGCGAACGUCAGUCUACGCUUUCAUCACUGUACAAUAUUUGACGUCUGUUGAGUGGAUACAGUUGUUAAAUGUGUUAGAAUAGUUACAAUACAAUCGUAGGUUCUUCUUCAUGUAAAUGUAUUAAUUUACUGAGUUAUUUUUAAAUGGCGACAAAGAGCGCUGUGGCAGAGCUUGGCUUCCGCGUUCGACGUGGGGACGACGACGAAGAAGAAGAAACCCGGAAGUUUACAGCAACAACGUGGUUUCGCGUUUAUGAUGGAAAUCACUUUGCACUAAUAUUACUAUAACUAUUUAAAGUUCAUUAUUUAAACAGUGAUUCACGUAACAGCCUACAUUUUUUAAACUGACGUUUGUUCCGGAGGUUGUGAACAUAAUCCUAAUGAAGGACGUAAAUCAGCAGUAUUCAUCCCUCUUCCUCGAGGUCUGUUGCCAAAAUGAAGAACCCCGUCUUCCUCUGCACUCUUCUAUUGCCUUCUUUCUCCUCUCCUACUGUGACUGUGACUAUUUCAAAGUACACCUGGUGUCCAACAAGCCUAACACCUCAGAGAUUCUUAAAAGUCAGCUACCAAAGUGCGUGGACGUGCGGGACAUUCGACCGGAGGACCUUCCCAGGUUGGUGAGAGGCUGCCGUCUCCCUGCUGUGUUGGACGAGACCGGGGGACUAUGCAGGGCUGGCCUGGCUGUUGUCUUGAGGCAUAUCAUCAACAAGACCAUCGAGGCUGAUCCCUCCAGGAAUGAUGUGCUGGCUUUGUUGGGCUUCAAGAAGACUUGCCUCAAGGCCUGUGCUGAGGUGAGCAAAUGGACCAGGCUGUGUGAAAUUGGCAUCCCAUCAGCUGUUGAAGACCACCUCCGAAACCCCCCUAUCGAUUCCCGUCCUCCACCCAUCUCCAUUCUCACCCUGGAGCAAAGGCUCGCCGAGCCCGUCAAGGUCCACAACGAUGAUAAAAUACGGCGCCAAAAGCUUCAGGAGCAGAGGCGAAACAACAAAAACGAUGACAACCUCCUUGAUGGGAAACAUACAAAGUCUGACCCGCAGUCCAGUAUGUCACCUGAUGGAAUUGAGCUCAGGGCAGCUCUGGCUAAGCUGUCUGUAGCUGCAGGUCCUUCUGUGACCACCAGAGAGUGCUCUGAGAUUCGGAAAGUGAAAACCAACGACCUGCCUGAGCUGGAGCAUGUCUUUGCAGAGGGGUUGUACUUCACUCUGACUGAUGUGGUCCUAUUGCCGUGUAUCCAUCAGUACCUGACUUCCCUACGAGGGCCUGCUUCUAGCACUCUACAACACCUCCCCUACCUGCUGCGCUGGUACAGUCGUGUUCAGGAGGUACCCGGACUCUUGCAAGCCGCAAAAGCCUGCGGGAUACUACUGGUCACCACCGAGGCUCUGUUAUCCUGCCCCGCAGGGCCACCACCACCACCACCACCAUCACCACCAUCGGUUGAGGGCAACCCUCCAAAUCAACUGGAGCCUGAAGAAGAGACGACCACACAGAUACCUUUUGUUGGCGGCCCCCGACCCACCAUGACCAAACUUAAAGAAAGUGGCAUAGUGGCAGCCUUCGCUCCUCAUCCUCAUCCUGAGUGGACACUCCCGUGGGACAGCUUACCAGACGCCAUCAACCCCACUGAAGGGAAGAUGUCAAAUAUCCGCACAGUCAGGAAGAAACAACAACUGAAUAACUUGGUUGCUAUGGUGACACAGCUAGCCAAACCAGGACACACCAUUGUGGAUUUCUGCAGUGGAACGGGACACGUGGGCAUCGUUUUGGCUCACGCUCUUCCACAUUGUCAGGUUCUCCUCAUAGAAAACAAGGAAGAAUCUCUGAUGAGGGCACAGAGUCGCAGCACUGAACUCGGACUAGAAAACAUUGGCUUCAUUCAGGCCAACCUGGACUACUUCACUGGACCUUUUCAUGUUGGAGUCGCGCUCCAUGCUUGUGGCGUAGCGACAGACAUGGUGAUGGAGCACUGCAUCCAGGCAAGCGCCGCCUUCGUCAUCAGCCCUUGUUGCUAUGGCUUCAUCCCUAAUGCAACUAAGUUCACCUUCCCGAGGAGCAAAAGGUUCCAAGAGACUCUGAUUCACAAGGAGCACAUGAUCCUGUGCCGCUUUGCUGACCAAACAGCUCCUCAGCUUCCUCCUGAGAGACGACUCAUAGGAAAGCAGUGCAUGGGCCUGGUGGACUUGGAUCGUUCGUGGGUGGCGGAGUCACAUGGUUAUCGUGUGCAGGUGAUGACCAUGGAGCCGGACACGUGCUCGCCCAAGAACAACAUGCUGAUAGGCAAGCCCCAUGCGCAAGAUGGCGCUCACUAAGGACGAGUUGGAUUGAUCCCGGAAUGAACAUAAAUACCUGGGGCGCGAAUGUUAACGAUGUAUGCAUCAGUCAUCUCGAACGACAACGUGGGUGGGGAGUGGUUUCAAACUUCCCUGGGGUCAUCAGGUGGGCACCCGCCUUUGUUGGUGUUUCGAUGAUAAGCCCACAGACGCAGUGAGAAACAAUGAAAAGCACCCAUCCAUUCAUUUUCUGUACCGCUUAUCCUCAUGAGGAUCACGGGCGUGCUGGAGCCUAUCCCAGCUGUCUUCAGGCAAGAGGCGGGGUACACCCUGGUCUGGUUGUUGUAUUAUAGACCAGAAUAUAUACAUAAAUAUUGUUGUCUACUAUAACAAUGCUCCCCGCCGGAGCCUAUCCCAGCUGUCUUUGGGCAAGAGGCAGGGUACACCCUGGGCUGGUUGUUGUUUUAUAGACCAGAAUAUAUACAUGAAUAUUGUCUACUAUAACAAUGCACCCCGCCGGAGCCUAUCCCAGCUGUCUUUGGGCAAGAGGCAGGGUACACCUUGGACUGGUUGUUGUUUUAUAGACCAAAAUAUAUACAUGAAUAUUGUCUACUAUAACAAUGCACCCCGCCGGAGCCUAUCCCAGCUGUCUUCAGGCAAGAGGCGGGGUACACCCUGGGCUGGUUGUUGUUUUAUAGACCAGAAUAUAUACAUAAAUAUUGUCUACUAUAACAAUGCGCCCCGCCGGAGCCUAUCCCAGCUGUCUUUGGGCGAGAGGCGGGUUACACCCUGGACUGGUUAUUGUAUUACAGACCAGAAUAUAUACAUAAAUAUUGUUGUCUACUAUAACAAUGCACCUCUCCUCCCACACCAAGUCAGCUGGGAUAGGCUCCAGCACACCCCCUGCAUAUGCAAGGGGGGCUAAAAGUAUGGUUAGAGUUUUUUAACACUGUUUUUUGAGUUAAAUUUCAGUAUUAUCUUCUAUAAGUUAUAACUAAUACAGUAAACCUCGGAUAUAUCGGAAAUCCGCUCACAACGGACAGAUAAAAAAGAACCGAUUUUUCUGUAAUGCAUUUCCAAUAAAAAUUCAUUGCAUAUAUCGGAUUUUUUAUAACGGAUUUCGCCUAUUUCGGACAAAAUCUCCAGUCCCGUUCCAAUGCAUUUCCAUUAAAUUUCCCUCGCAUAUAUCGAAUGGCCGCAUCGUGGCGCUCCGAUUCGCCGAAUCGUGACAGGCCGCUAUACGACGUCAUUUGCAGCGUUUGCAGCGUUGCCUGCGCGUCCAGGUACAUUGGAAACAUAGUCAAGGAAGUGCCUUUUUAUAACGGAUAAAAUCCGAUUUACGCAUAUACCGGAUAUAAAUCCGAUAUAUGCGUAAAACUGACAUUUUCCGGUAUACGCAUAUAACGGAUUUCGCUUAUAUCGGACAAAACCAGUGGGAACAAUUGAAUCCGAUAUAUCCGAGGUUUACUGUACGUCCACGACCAUAAUGAGGAUAAGCAGAAUAGAAAAUGGAUUGGAAAGCUUAUCUAAUCAUACCCACCAUCCCUUUCACAUCUGUUGCAGUGCAUUUGUUCACUUCCUGUAUUCCAUAUGUGAUUUUUACUACAAAGAAAAGUCAUAAGUGACAUAACAGUGAGGUAGUUGUCAUUUUUAAGUUAUACCAUAACAAGUAGUAAUCACAUGUGAUAAUUAGUGUGAUAAAAAAAUAAAUAAUGGAUGUGGUUAUGAGUGGUUAAUGUGCAGGCCACACAGCUCGGAGAUCCGGGUUCCAUUCCCCCUUCCACAUUCUAAAAACAUGCACAUUUUGUUAACGUUAAGACUCCAAAUUGUCCCUGCCUCUUGCCUGAAGACAGCUGGGAUAGGCUCCAGCAUGCCCUCAACCCUCGUGAGGAUAAGCGGUAGAAAAUGAAUGACCGCUUUUAUUGUUUCUUGAAUUCACUCAUGUUAGGACAUUCCUUUGAUUCCACAUACUGAAAUACUGUGUUUUUAACGUUUUUCUUGCAUUUGAGUGUUUUGAGUUUAGUUUUUUCGCUAAGAUCUAUAAGGGAAUCGAUCAUAUCGACCUCCUCUUCUACGCAAAAAGAGAUCCACAAUCGAUGAGAGCACGUUUGGUGCGGUUUUAAGAUGGAAAAACAUCCACAAGGUGGCAAAAGUACAUUUUAUAAGAACUCGGAAUACUACACAGCAACCAGGAAGUGAAAAUGCACAAAGUCUUGUAGCUUUGAAGAGAUUUGAGGGGAAAUUGGAAUGCAGAUCAGUUCCAAAGAUGAAAAAUGUAACUUCUUCAUGGUGUUAUAUUUGUAAAUAAAUGAUUAUUUUCAUGUAAAACAACUGUCUUUUGUCUUGUUUAUGUUGUUUACAUAUUAUGGCUAAAUAUAAAUUUGUGUCAAAAGCUUUUAUUUUGUUGAGAAGUGAUAUUUUGCUGAAACGUAAUGUUCUACUGCUGAUUACUAAAAAAUUAAAAACUGUAUUUUGUGUUCAGUUGUGUUUUCAUUGAUUUUUUUUAAUUUGAUGAUCUGAAACAUUAAAGUGUGACAAACAUGCAAAACAUUAUUUGAUGAAA